GUUCACAGUUGUGGUUAAAAUAAACGAUGUACAAUAUGGUACAGGCACUGGUAAAAAUAAGAAGGAAGCGAAAGCAGUAGCAGCCAAAAAAACCUGGGAAAUGAUUAAGAAACAGCCAAAGAAUCCUUCAAAUGCACAAGAUGCAGAAUUAAUGACAACUCCAGUGACCUUAUCAGCUGCACCAGCCAUCAACUAUGUCAGCCUACUAAAUAUUUAUUCGCAGAGGACGCUGCAAAUAGUUGAUUACCCUAAAACAAAACGUACUGGAGAUGCCCAUGCUCCCAUGUUUUCGUGCACCUGUACAAUCGCUGGGUUAGUGUAUGGAAUUGGCACUGGAUCUUCUCUGGGUGCUGCAAAACAAGCUGCUGCCAAACAAGCGUUUGAGAAGCUCAAUAAGGAAGGCAGUCUAACAAUGGGAAGUGAAAGAUCUAACAGCAGUCCUACAUUCAGUGAACACAGGAAUUCCUCUCCAGUGCCAACUCAGUCUGACUCGGACAGCAGCAGUAUUUGCUUUGAAGACUCAGCUGCAAAGUUGGUAGAAAACAUGAAAGACAUGGCAGUAUGUGAAAAACCUUCACCUUCUCAGAGAGGUGCACCAAGCUCUGCCCUGAAAUCCAAAAGAAAAUUGGCAGUUAAUUUUAAUAAUGCAAGAAACAAUGAAGAGAAGAACAAGAUGUCAGAUUCAGAUGAAAGUUUGCCAGAUUUGGACACAAAUACCAAUCAGGAAAGCCCACACACUGUAAAUAAAAGAUUUCUUGAGAGUUUUAAAAAUAUAGAGCCUAUUGGUGAAGGUGGUUUUGGGAAUGUUUUCAAAGCAACAGCAAAGCUUGAUGAGAGAACCUAUGCAGUCAAACGAGUUCGCUUCACAAAGAACGUAAAGCGUGAAAUAAAAGAACUUGCAAGACUUGACCAUGAAAACAUAGUGCGGUAUUACUGUAGCUGGAAGGGGUACGACCACAUGACUUGUCCAGACUCAAGGCAGAAGUCAGACCAAGAAGUUCUCUGCCUUUUCAUCCAAAUGGAGUUAUGUGAACAAGGACCAUUGGAAAACUGGAUUGAAAAGAAUAGACGCGACCAAAAGUAUCAUGAGAUGGCACAAAACAAAUUUUUACAAAUACUGAGAGGAGUGAAUUAUAUUCAUUCUGUAGGGUUAAUCCAUCGAGACCUCAAGCCUCAGAAUAUAUUCAUAUCACACGAAGAUAAAAUAAAAAUAGGUGAUUUUGGUCUUGUGACGUCUGUGGCGUAUGAGACUCUGACUGAGAACAGAGGAACAAAGUCAUAUAUGGCACCAGAACAGUUCGGGGACAGAUACGGAAAUGAAGUAGAUAUUUAUGCGCUGGGAUUAAUUUGGUUUGAAAUUCUUUUGGCAUUGACUUGUCAUGAGAAAAUGAAGGUAUGGCAUGAUGUUAGAGAAGGUAAACUUCCAGAGCACUUCACCAGCCAAUUUCCAGCACAGGCACCCAUUAUCAGAAAGAUGCUUUCAAGAGACCCUUCCGGAAGAUACUCUGCAUCUGAAAUACUUGACUUUUUAAAGUCUGUUGAUAAAAACAGCUCACUUAAAACUCAUACUCACUAA